UCCAGCCGCAGAAGGUGAAGAAAUUGCCAAAACAAAACAUAACGACGAGAAAGCGUGCGAUCAGCAGCGGGCUGCGUCGCCGGAAUGAAGAAUCAAAACAGAAUCGAAAGUGUAGUGCUGGAAAAUCGUGGAUGGUAAAAUAGUUAAAAGAGAAUGUUGUUGUUUCUACCUGAGUGGAGUGGCAGUCGAUCGCCAACCAUGUUCGUUAGUUGAUAGUGAGCAGCAGAAUUAACAGGUCGCAAAAUCGCCGAUCGGUCGUACAUUCCUCAAGAGAUCAGCGAAGAAAGGUGACUCAUUCUUCUUGAGAAAAUGUUUUGUUUCAUUGCGUAAGAUCUCGAGCAGUGUUGUGAACAUAAAAUGCAGCAAACUUCUAUGGAAAUACAAAUCAAAAUUUAGUGAAAUGCUGAUCGUAACCCAAUCAAUUUGUUUGCUUGUACUCGCACUGGCGCUUCAAGUGGAUGCGGUCAAUUUGGUAGCCUACAUUUCACAGCAUGGACUGCAUGGCGAAAUCUCCUUCUCGCAGUACUCUGAACAGCAAGUUCAAAUAGUAACCGAUCUGGAAACCACACUCCAGUAUCCAGAUCAAGCAUGGAGUUGGGGCGUGUACCAGCUGCCAGUUGAUUACACGAUUGUCGAUCCCCGUGAAAGAUGCGAGCUGAGAGUACUGGGAGAGCAGUUGUGGUCUUUCGACGAUGAUUUGGGCUUUUUGACCCUGCCCGGUAAUGAAUCCACAACCUGGCUAAACGACAUUGGAUUGACCGGGGAGAAGGGACUGUGGGGUAAAUCGCUGGUGCUUUUCGAUCCGAACAGCAAUUUCAGAAUUUGUGCAACUAUUACCACCAGAGAUGGAUCACAGGAUCAUAUCGCCGAGGCUAGGUUCAACAGUCCAGUUACAGGUUCGAUAUAUUUCCGUUGGUUAGCAUCCAAAGAGACACACCAUUCGGAUACGUUGAUCUACUCCAAUCUGUUCCAUAUUCGCGAGCAAUCUAGGAAAUUGAAUAACCCAGACUUCACCGAGCACUCCUGGAAGGUCUACGUGACCGACAUUUUUGAGAGUGAUACUGCCAAUGCCGAGGAUAACUGCAACAAGCUGCAGCUAGUAUUUGAUCCUCAGGUGCGCGGUGCUGGAAAAGCUGUUGGUGACAUCGACGCCCGAGUAGGAAACUUAAAAAUAACCACCAAUUCGCAAAAUUUUAAAUACCCUCAGCUCUUUAACGACAAAGAAUUCGUCGUGCUUCCUAGUGAUCUGUACGGACCGUCGCGAAAACUAUACGUUGUGAUCUUUGAUCCGGUUCAUCCGGAUACGUUCUUGGCAUGUGCCAAAAUAAGACAUUUGAAAGCCAAAUCUGCCCGAGCGCUGGUCAACGGAGGUGGAAUGAAAGGCGAGAUCCGUUUUGUGCAAAGAUCUCGUUUCGAGCCAACUUGGAUUAAUGCCUCUUUCUCCUCUGUGACCGAUGAACCACAGGACAAUGUAAACUACGCUAAAGAUGUUGCUAGCUUUAAAAUCAACCAACUUCCAUUGAGAUCAUAUUCGGCAAACUUGGACAGUUUUUGCCAAAGUUCAGGACUAACAUUGAAUCCCACUAAUGUUGAGGAGAAAGAUGUACCACCACCCGGAUUCGGAACGCAAGAUCAAUAUCCGGUUGGAGACCUGAGCGGGAAGCUUACAAACCGGAACAGACGAGAAAACCACAAAAUGUUUCUACCGGGGACAAGUGCCGAACUCAGUGGAUUCUAUUGGGACACCUUUCUUCCGCUGCAGGGAAGAAAUAGCAUAAUCUUCCGAGGCUUCAACGUACAAAGAUAUAAUCGCACUGAUCCUUCCAACAUAAGACAUGUGCCGUGGACUUGUGGUCCGAUUGCUUUAUACGAAAUCGGUAGACCGUAUCAGAUUCCGAUAGCUACUGCACAGGUUCUGUUCCGUUAUCCGAUAGUGGGGCGGAUUCUAUUCCGUCAGGUGAAGGAGGAGUAUUGGGGUGAUACGGCUGUGAUUUUCGAAUACUUGAUACACGCUGACGGCUCGAAGGUGAACAACACGGCUGAGCAUCGCUGGGCAGUAACAAGCGAUCCUCCCGGAAAAGAUUUCUACGAUUGGCAAAACCGAUGCGUUAGCACGGGAGCAAUCUUUAAUCCACAGAAAAUGUCCUUCGCUGGUCAAAAUUGGGAGGCGAAGUGCACUCUGAACUCACCGGAACUCUGUCGAUUGGGUGAUCUGUCCAAUCGGCUGGGAACGCUGGACAUUGCUGGGAACAAAGGGGAAAGUCAACGGAUCAGUCGCAAGAUGUUCGUAGAUCAGAAUUUGCCGUUGAGUGGCCCUUCCAGUAUUAUUGGGCGGUCGAUUGUGAUCUACGAUGAUCAUGGCCCGCAGGCGAGGGGCGAGCGCUUGGCUUGUUCCAUUAUUGGAGGUUAUCAUAGGAGAAAAGUGGUCGCCAGGGAUUGGUACUCCAACGGAGAUCCACUCACCAUCAAAGGCAAGCUGGAGAUGAUUCAGCAGUCGGAGUACGAUCUUACGAAUGCGGAAGUCGAGUUCAAAGGAUUGAUGGCUAACAGUGGGUACCAUGUGCAUAUAGCACCCGUUGAAGGCGACCUCGAGUUCCCGUGCGAAGAUUCCUCCGUAUAUGGUCACUGGAAUCCACGAAACGUUGAUCCGAAACGAUCUCCUCCGCCGGCAAUGGGCAGCACGGAUCAAUACGAGCUAGGUGAUCUUAGCGGAAAGUUCGGAACACUCGACGGAAGUUCAAUGUUCGAACAAUCCUACAACGAUUCGCGGCUUCCGUUGUUCGGAUACGAGAGCAUCAUCGGUAGAUCGAUCGUUGUUCAUAAGAAGGAAAGGAAUCGCCGUUGGGCUUGCAGUACAUUGGAACGAGGGUACAGUCCUAGCGAAGCCAGAGAAAUACGAGCUAUUGCAUCGUUCCAUCAUCCGGUCGGGUUUGCGUACGGAUAUAUCCGGAUGACGCAGCUGAUUGGGAAUGAUGGCAGUCAAAGUGAUACCACUAUCGAGGUUAAAUUGAGGUACCCCGGAAAGCACGAUAGAAACGUGACUUUCAAUCACAACUGGCACAUUUGGGUAAAUCCGGUGGGAGUGGAUGCUACAGUAAAGCAAGUUGAAACCCGAUGCGUAGCUGCCGGUUACGUGUGGAAUCCUUACUACACCCAACUAGCCGACCCGUUGAAUGAAGAUCUUUACCGCCAAGAAUGUGGCCCUGAUAAUCCCCUCCGAUGCUACGUCGGCGACUUGUCAGCUCGACUAGGUCCCAUCAACAUUGGUGAGCGCCGGAUGGUGUUCACCGAUAGCAAUUUCCCGCUGGAAGGUACCGUGAGUGCACUGGGCCGAUCGAUUGUCAUUUUUGGACCGGAACUGUCAUCACACCGUUUCGCUUGCGCAAAGAUCGAACCCGAUCACGAUAUCGUCAAGUACAUAAAUCUCAAGAAACCGCCACGAUUUGUGGUGGCACAAUUUUUGGAGGAAAUUCGCUCUGUCAUGGGCCUUCCCGAGUGGAUGUUGGCAAUAGAUUCGCGAAGCACGAGAUCGCUUCACAACGAUGCAUGCAUUCAGAUGAUUGUUCACUUCAAGGGACCGAGCGCACAUCAAAUUGAACAGGAUUUCUCAAAACUGUUAGCGAUCGGUCGACUUGAUCAACCAAGUAUCUAUAUUCCGGGGUACGUGAAUCCGAAGCGUAAAAAGACUCUGUCCUACCGAACAUGCGGAGUCCGCGACCCUACCGACAAAGGUAGUAAAGGAUUCUUUAGUAGAGCUAAUUCAAUAAAAUACUCACUCUCGUUGAUGACAUUGGCGUUCCUAGUUCGCUCAUUAUUGGCGUAGUACAGAAUAAAAUCAUUCAACAUGUGAUAAAAGUGCUUUACUGAAUUCCUAGAAUUCAAGCACUUAUUAGGGUCGAUCAAAUAAAUAAAACACAUGUGAACCGACAAA